UCUUUUUCUGAACUCAAUAAAGUGAAUGCUUCAGGCGCUGAAUUAUUUUUCAGGGAAGCUAACUUUAAACUAGAGGAUAAAUGCCAUAAAACGAAUUGUCCGCAACCAGGAGUUUAUCGUGAUUGUGCCGAGGCGAAGCAGCAGCUUGGAUCUUAUUAUAAUGACGGAAUUUUUGAAAUAAGCUUACCAAACUUUCAACCGUUCAACGUGUACUGUAGGAGUGAAUGUACCACUUGUUGCCCUUGGACUUUAAUAAUGCGCGGCAGUGAGCGGAGUACAGAAAACAUAUAUCAUAGGAGUUGGCUUGACUACAAGCACGGUUUUGGAAGUGCAAGCAAGGACUAUUUCAUUGGUUUAGAUCGUUUGUAUGUGUUGACAAAGCAAGUUCCACAAGCUCUGUUAGUUCGCGACUAUGCUGUAGGAACUGAAAAUAUUUUUAAGGAGUUCGGUAUUACAGAUGAGCGAUACGAUUAUGCUGUGGAUAAUUUAGUUAGUUUAAUGAUGCCGUCUUGGGGGUAUAACGUUAUGUCAAAUGGCAAGGGUGAUACAUUUUCAAGUAAUAGUGUGUGCUCGAACGUGCGUGGUCGCAGUUGGUGGUAUAACCAAGAAUGUGUCGCCAGCUUCGGAACUGAGUAUAUUUGCUGAGUUAUUAAUUGAGUUUGAUGCAAAUGGAUUAAUAUUUAAUUUUUUACAUCUCCUUUUCUGAAAACAUCAUUAUGGCGAUUCGCCCCAAGGCGUGCCAGGAAAAUUAAUUAUUACCGAAAUUAUGUAUUAUUUUAUAUUCUAACUAAAUAAAAUUAAUCUAAAUCA